AGGUCGAUAAAAGAGAGUACCAGACCGACCACUACCAGCGGUCGAAUAACAAGAUCAGCCAGACGCAGCAUGCAGCAAGACCCCAGCAGCUCCCCUGCUACCGCAGACACUCCCGGGGAGUUUUCCCUCUUCAACAGCCCCAAGAAAUCCAACGAAUCCAAUUCGAAAGCGGAAAGCGACUUGUCGCCCCAAUACAUACCGGCGGAAAAGUACGAACUCGAACGACGAGCCAUGUACGACAACCUGUUGCGGCCGAGCUCGCCCAAAGACACGAGAACGUCCGAAUCGAAUACCGAUCGAGGCCGAGCAGACAGCGAACAACGAGAAGAAGAAUCCAAGGUCAAGCAACCAGAGGAGCAAGAGAGGGAAGGAAUCAUCGAAGAGGGGGACGUUCGGGAGGGAAAAGAGGGGAAACCCGAUGAGGAGGAAGACAUUGAGGCUAGCUUUAAGACGUCUUCGAGUUGCGUCGAACAGGUGACUAGGGAGGACUUUGCGGAGGAGGAGGAGGAGGAUCUGCAGGUGGAGGAGGAGCGUGUGGAGAACGAUGCGGCUAUGGAGGAGGAGGAGGAUGAGCCUAUGGAGGUGGAACCGCCUGCGGAGGAGAAGAUUGAGGUGGGGGAAGAGGCGAAGUCUGCCGCUCCUUUGGAGGUGGAGCGGGAAGUUGUGCCACCCUAUAAGCCUACCACGGAGAUUGAGGAUGAGUGGUCGACGGAUUCGGAUUCGAACAGCUCCACUCCCGAACUCGAAGUGAAACAGAUCCUGCCCGAUCCCGACUACAGGGUGAACCAAGUGGCCGAGCACAAGGACGAAAUUCUCGACAAGAUUUUGGAGAAGCCGGCCGAGCAAGCGCCGCCCGUCAAGCUGGUGAUAUCGAAGAAGAAGGGCAGCAUUUUCAAGAGUCGCAGCUUGGUGGACGACAGCGGCGGGAAGAAAAGGAGGGCCCUGUAUACGCACAAGUGGACGGAGGAGGACAAAGAGGAUGCCAAAGAGGCCAGCAAGACUGGCGAGGAUGGGGGGAACCCAUCUGCCGCAGUGGGUGAAGAUGAUUUUGGGUUCAAAGAUGACCCUUUGCAAAGGAUAACUAAGGCAUGUGGUGACAAUGAAAUCACCGCUAUUAAGUGCAGUAAAACAGAUAAAGGGUUCUACACGGUGGUGCGGAACGUGAAACAGGCCCACCAAAUCCAGGAGAUCGGCGAGUUCCAGGAGUUCAACGACGACGUGGAAUACAUCCUGGACGCGUUGCAGGACAACAAUCCGAUCAGCACUCGGUGUCUGUCGGCCAUCACGUUGGCCUCGAAAUGCAUGGCUCCGGCCUUCCGGAUGCACGUCAGAGCGCACGGGACGGUGUCGAAGUUCUUCAAGGCGUUGCACGACGCCACUAAAGAUCAGAGUCUGGGUUUGUGCACGGCCACCGUGAUGUUCGUUCUCAGCCAAGACCGGUUGAACAUGGACCUCGAUCGUGAUUGCUUGGAGCUGAUGCUGAAUCUUCUGGAAUCUGAUGUCAGCUAUCAGCAGGCUCUCGACAUUUGCGGUCUCAGUUCGAGUCAAUUGGACAAGAACAAGCAGAAAGUGCGAGAAUUGUGCGCUGAGAUACAGAGCCAAGGGCAUGCGAUGCAUCUCAAUUUGGAAUCGAUAACGGUGGGGCAAUUGGCGAUGGAAACAUUGCUAAGUCUGACGUCGAAAAGGGCGGGCGAAUGGUUCAAGGAGGAAUUGAGAGAAUUGGGCGGUUUGGAGCACAUCAUGAAGACGAUACACGAAUGCUGUCGACAGGUGUCGGAUUAUGUGGUCACGUGGACGGACACGUUGCUGGACAAACUGAAGAAGGUCGACAGGUGCUUGAGGGUGCUAGAGAACGUGACGCAUAAUAACGAGGAAAACCAAAAUUACAUCCUGAAAUACGAUAGCGGCGCCAUCUUGGAUACUCUAGUGAAUCUCUACAAAUUGUGCGAUGGAGAGAUCCCUCUCUAUCCCAUCACUGACAUUAGCGAUAAAACUUCCACUGGCACCAUCAUCAGGGAGGCACUCUUAGUCACCCUCAAAGUGUUGAUCAAUUUAACUCAUCACUUCAAUAAGCAAUCUAUUGGUAGCCAAUUAAUAGGAUCCAGAGCGGGAAUUAUAGAAACUAGUCUUCACUUGUUAUUGCAAGUGCCUAAUUAUAUACCUGAGCAAAAAAAGUUUGAAUUGGGGGUGUUGGUGUUAAUGUUACUAAUAAAUUUAAUACAGGACCAGGACGCGAACAAAAAACUUCUCAUGGAAGCCAAAGCGCCCUCAAAGUUGGAGAGCAUAUAUUCGCGGGAAGAGAGUGCAGUAGAGGCCUUAAUUACGCAAUUUUAUCAUUGGGAGGGAUGUGCGAAAAUUGCUGAAAGUAAAACAAAUGCCAUCCUUGAUGGGGAAAAAGAUGGCGAAGAUGCUCCUACCCCCAAAAGCAAUGAGGAAUUUAUUGAAGAGACGGUCGCAAAAUUAUUACAAAAAGCUGGGACGCAUAUGGAGUUCACGUUUCUCGCCUCCUAUAUCGUUAUGGUGGUGGGAUUUUUGAUCAUGGAAAAUGCCGAAUGGCAAACAUUCGUCAGGCAGUUCUUGAAGGGUAGCAAUUUCGGUGAUAUGGUGGAACUGCUCAAAAAGUUUUUCAAUUUCAUGAAUUUGACAGCGUCGACUGAAGCAUCUAGUGUAUGUGCGAUAAAAGCCACAGAAAAAGUAAUAAAAUUCUUGGAAGAUUGUGAUAAACCUCCACAGCCGGAGUCCCCGGAAAAACCUGUUGCCUUUUACGAGAAUAUCGGGAUGGACUUGAGUUUCAGGUUGACGCCGUGAGAGGGCGCUGGUGUUUCUGCGAAAUUUCGGUUUAUCGUCGGGGGUAAGCGAGUUGAACGAAAAUUCACAAUUUGAUUGGAUUAAUUUGAUAAAAGUACGCGGUAGUCACGGGCUGAAAUGAAUAGAUCGAUUAGUUUGAAUGACAUUAUUCUACAGAGAGAAAAAUAUAUAUUGUGAAUCAACUUUUGUUCUGAAUUCGUUGAUAUUAUUCAAACGUUUUAUUUAUGAGACAAAAAAUCUAGUGUGAAAGAGGUGUUUGAAUUCUUCAUGUUUUUAUAUCAAUUUUACUUGUACAUAAUUUUGACUUAGUUAAUUUGUAUUUUGUAAUAUUUUCUUAUUUAUUUGAAUCAAAUAAUUGUUCUGAGGAUUGUUUAAAGAUGUAAAUAUAUAUAUGACUACAAUUUU